CAUUUGAAGACGAGGAGCACUGAGGAUGACGAAUCAACUGAAAAGUAUUAAAAUGUUGGACCUGCAGAAUCUAAGUGGUGUAAAAUGGAAUGUUUUCACAAGGAUUAUAUGCAGAAAUCUAAAGUUGGUGAAACUUGUGUUUGAGAUAACAAGGUAAAGAAUCAGUUGGAAAAGAUUGAGGAAAUAAGAAUGAGGGAAGAAAAAAGUGGCAUCAGGGAAAAGAUUGGCAAAGCUAAGAACACAGUAAAUAUAAAGAAAGAACAAGAAAAUGAGGCAUCUGAAAAAUGUUCACAUUUGAGCUCAAAACAUGUUACACUCAAGACUAUAAAACAGGAAAACAGUGAGCAAGACAAAUGUAUAGAGAACAUUAAUGGAAACUCUUAUCCCAGUCUACAGCAGAAAACCAGCACUGUUAAGAAAUCACACAAAUGUGAUGAAUGUGGGAAAUGCUUCAAAUAUAAUUCCCGUCUUGUUCAACAUAAAAUUAUGCACACUGGGGAAAAACGCUAUGAGUGUGAUGACUGUGGAGGGACUUUCCGGAGCAGCUCAAGCCUUCGAGUCCACAAACGGAUCCAUACUGGAGAGAAGCCGUACAAGUGUGAGGAAUGUGGGAAAGCUUACAUGUCCUACUCCAGCCUUAUAAACCACAAAAGUACCCAUUCUGGAGAGAAGAACUGUAAAUGUGAUGAGUGUGGAAAAUCCUUUAAUUAUAGUUCUGUUUUGGACCAACAUAAAAGGAUUCAUACUGGAGAGAAACCCUAUGAAUGUGGUGAGUGUGGGAAGGCCUUCAGGAACAGUUCUGGUCUCAGAGUCCACAAAAGGAUCCACACAGGGGAGAAGCCUUAUGAAUGUGACGUCUGUGGGAAAACCUUCAGUAAUAGUUCUGGCCUUAGAGUCCACAAAAGGAUCCACACAGGCGAGAAGCCCUAUGAAUGUGAUGAGUGUGGAAAAGCCUUCAUUACAUGCAGAACACUUCUAAAUCAUAAGAGCAUCCACUUUGGAGAUAAACCCUAUAAAUGUGAUGAGUGUGAGAAAUCUUUUAAUUAUAGUUCUCUCCUUAUUCAACAUAAAGUCAUCCACACUGGAGAGAAACCUUAUGAAUGUGAUGAGUGUGGAAAGGCAUUCAGGAACAGCUCAGGCCUUAUAGUGCAUAAGAGAAUCCAUACAGGAGAGAAACCUUAUAAGUGUGAUGUCUGUGGCAAAGCAUUCAGCUAUAGCUCGGGCCUUGCAGUCCAUAAGAGCAUUCACCCUGGGAAAAAGGCUCAUGAAUGUAAGGAAUGUGGAAAAUCCUUCAGUUAUAACUCACUUCUUCUUCAACAUAAAACCAUUCACACUGGAGAGAGACCUUAUGUAUGUGAUGUUUGUGGGAAAACCUUUAGAAACAAUUCAGGCCUCAAAGUUCACAGAAGGAUCCAUACUGGGGAAAAACCUUAUAAAUGUGAUGUGUGUGGGAAGGCCUAUAUCUCACGCUCUAGCCUUAAAAAUCACAAAGGAAUCCAUCUUGGGGAAAAGCCCUAUAAAUGUAGCUAUUGUGAGAAAUCCUUCAAUUACAGCUCAGCCCUCGAGCAACAUAAAAGAAUUCAUACUAGGGAGAAACCCUUUGGAUGUGAUGAGUGUGGGAAAGCCUUCAGAAACAAUUCAGGUCUUAAAGUACAUAAACGAAUCCACACUGGGGAGAGACCUUACAAAUGUGAAGAAUGUGGAAAAGCAUAUAUUUCACUCUCAAGCCUUAUAAACCAUAAAAGUGUGCAUCCUGGGGAGAAGCCCUACAAGUGUGAUGAGUGUGACAAAGCCUUCAUCACAUACCGAACCUUAAUAAACCACAAAAAAAUUCAUCUUGGUGAAAAGCCCUUCAAGUGUGAUGUUUGUGAGAAGUCUUUUAAUUACACCUCACUCCUUUCUCAACAUAAAAGAGUCCACACUAGAGAGAAACCCUUUGAAUGUGACAGCUGUGAGAAGGUCUUCAGAAACAACUCUAGCCUUAAAGUACAUAAAAGAAUCCAUACUGGAGAGAAACCCUAUGAAUGUGAUGUGUGUGGAAAAGCCUACAUCUCACACUCAAGCCUUAUUAACCAUAAAAGUACCCACCCUGGCAAGACAUCAUUUACAUGUGAUGAAUGUGGGAAAGCUUUUUUCUCAAGUAGAACUCUUAUAAGCCAUAAAAGAGUCCAUCUUGGGGAGAAACCCUUUAAAUGUGCUGAGUGUGGGAAAUCUUUCAGUUACAGCUCACUCCUUUCUCAACAUAAGAGGAUCCACACAGGGGAGAAGCCCUAUAUAUGUGACUGGUGUGGGAAGGCCUUCAGAAACAGUUCAGGCCUCACAGUGCAUAAAAGAAUUCAUACAGGUGAAAAACCCUAUGAAUGUGAUGAGUGUGAGAAGGCAUACAUCUCACACUCAAGUCUUAUCAACCAUAAAAGCAUCCACCGUGGGAAGCAGCCCUAUAAUUGUGAGUGUGGGAAAUCCUUCAAUUAUAGAUCAGUCCUUGACCAACACAAAAGGAUUCACACUGGAAAGAAGCCAUACAGAUGUCAAGAGUGUGGGAAGGCUUUUAAUAUACGAUCAAAUCUUACCAAGCACAAAAGAACCCAUAGUGAAGAGGAAUCUUUAAAUGUAAUAUAUGUGGGAAAUUACAGCAGCACAUCACAGAAGGGACCCUUUGAGGGAAGGAAUGUUCUGGAUGGGACCAGGAUGAGGUUCUCUCUAUAG